AUGGUUAGAGAGUUCAGACAUAGUACAGGAGAUGGUCAGAGAUUGCAGACACACUACAGGAGAUGGUCAGAGACUGCAGACAUACCACAGGAGAUGGUCAGAGACUGCAGACAUACUACAGGAAACGGUCAGAGACUGCAGCCUUUGUACAUGAGAUGGUCAGAGACUGCAGCCUUCGUACAAGAGAUGGUCAGAGACUGCAGCCAUACUACAGGAGAUAGUCAGAGAUUGCAGACAUACUACAGGAGAUAGUCAGAGACUGCAGACACACUACAGGAGGUGGUCAGAGACUGCACACA